AUGGUUACAAAGAAAAUCAUCUCAGCAUCUGGAGCAGACGUGAUGACGUCAAAUGAAACUGACUCUGAGAAUGUGUUUCUCUGCUAUCCACUCCUGGUGGACUCCUGUGCCAAAUUGCAUCGUCUUACUGUAGUUAAAGUGGCAAUGUAUGUUUUCAUGGUGCUGAUGAUCCUCACAACAGUUUUUGGGAACCUGCUGAUCAUCAUCUCCAUCUCUCACUUCAAACAUCUACAGUCUCCAACUCAUCUGAUCGUUCGCUCUCUGGCAGCUUGUGAUUGUCUGCUGGGCUCUUUAGUCAUGCCGUACAGCAUGGUGCGAUCUGUUGAAGGCUGCUGGUAUCUGGGAGAUUUUGUGUGUAAAAUGCAUUUUAGUUUAGACAUGACCUUCUGUAUCUCUUCUAUACUGCAUCUCAGUCUAAUAUCUAUUGACAGGUACUGGGCCAUUUGUGAUCCUUUAAGAUACAAAAUGAGGGUCACAAGCAACAUUGUGACUGUAUUUACUACAUUUACAUGGCUGUUUUCAUUUGUGUACAGUUUUUCUGUUGUGUUUUCAGGGAUAAAUGCAGUUGGACUAGAGAUGCUUAUAUUGCAGAUCUCCUGUGUGGGAAGUUGUGUUCUGUUUUUUAACAAACAGUGGGGUCUUAUAUGUCCAAUUCUCACAUUCUUCCUUCCCGGAACGAUCAUGAGCUCUCUUUAUAUAAAAAUCUUCCAUGUUGCAAGAAGACAUGCAAAGGUUAUGUCAGAAAGAGUGACUGUGGUGACAGCAGGAGGGUUGAAGAGCCAAAGCUCUGCACAAAGAGAAGGAAAAGCAGCGAAAACUCUGGCCAUUGUUAUGGGUGUUUUUUAUCUCUGCUGGCUGCCUUUUUUUACUGUUACUGCUCUCGACCCUUUUUACAAUUAUUUAACCCCAGCUGAUGUUUUUGAUGUUGUAAUUUGGUUUGCAUAUUUUAACUCCACUUGUAACCCCUUGAUUUAUGGAUUUUUCUACCCUUGUUUCCAGAAUGCAUUUAAGAUUCUUAUAUGCACUUAUGUUUGUGGCAUUAAUGAUUCAACACCUUGA